UUUGCACUCCUUAUUUUCUCUCAUUCUUGCAACUUCUCUACGUAGCAUGGAAAUGAAGAACAAUCAUUACUUUCUGCUACUCUUUUUAUGCUUCAGUCUCAACAGUAAUCUCUGUAUCGGAAGGGACACCAUUUCUGCGAAUGAAUCUCUUUCUUACGGUGAAACUCUAGUCUCUUCAGGUGAGAUAUUUGAGCUUGGUUUUUUCAGACCAGGUAACUCUCUUAAAUAUUAUCUAGGCAUAUGGUACAAGAACGUUACUUUAUCGCAAACAGUAAUUUGGGUAGCAAAUAGGGAUAAACCACUUGAGUAUGGUGCUGCUGAGAUGAAAAUUAGUCAAGGAAACCUGGUGCUUCUUGAUAGAUUUCAAGGCGUAGUUUGGUCGGCACUUGCUGGAAACAUCAAUCCAGAUAUUUCAGUUACUGCACUUCUUCGUGAUGAUGGGAAUUUGAUUUUGAGUGAUGUGUCAAAUUCAUCAACACCCUUACUACUUUGGCAAAGUUUUGAUCACCCAACACACACUUUUAUGCCUGGUGCUAAGAUUGGAUAUGACAAACGUACACAAAGAAAACAGGUUUUGGUAUCAUGGAAGAAUCCGAGUGAUCCAGCACCAGGAUUGUAUUCUAUGGAAAUGGACCCAAAGGAUACUCAAUUUGUUUUAAAUGGAAUAGGACUACAGAGUAUUUGGCAACUGGUUCAUGGGAUGGCCAAAUGUUCAGCUCAAUGCCUGAGAUAA